AUGUCUCGUUUCGAUCCCUUCACCCUCUUCGAUCUUCCUUACCGCAUCGUGGCAAACCAUUCGCUCGACGCCACGCUCUUCAUUCCAACUCAUUUCCUAUCUCGCUCCAAUCACAAGCAGAAAUGUCCAGUGAUGGUCCAUUUCCACGGCGGUGGCUUCAUCCUGGGCCACCGCCGCUAUGAGCCCUGGUUCGCACAAUGGUUUCUGGACCUCGCACAAGCCCAUGACGCGAUCAUUAUUCGCCCCGACUAUAGACUCCUUCCCGAAUCCAGCAUGGCCGAUAUCCUCAGUGACGUGGACCAUUUCUGGCGCUGGGUGCAGUGUGCUCUGCUCCCAAUUGCGGAAGAACAUUCGUGGGGGUUUAUCCCUGACCUCUCGCGGAUAUUGUGUUGCGGGGAGAGCUCCGGGGGCUCCCUGGCGGUAUAUUCGGGCCUUGAGCUAUCAUCUAUUCUAUCUGAUGGGCCUGGCCAUGACCGAGAGGCAGCUAUAAGCGGGUGCACAGAUGUUCAAGUUGUCAUCCAGGCUGUCAUUUGCACAUAUGCGCCACUUGAUCUUGAUGUUCCCGAGCUCAGGAUCCCGCGUCCUAGGACGAUUAUGGGCAUGAGACCACCUCCUCCCAGGCAGGCCGAAAUAUUGAUUCGGAAAUACAUGCAGAAGCUACAGCAAUCGGGCAGCAUACGGACGUGGCAAGAACCGACUCCUGAUAUGUGGGAGCUGUUCCUAUGCAUGACACAGCAGUGCUACUUUAGCCGGUUGCUCAAGGGGAAAGGUGGAGGCAAUAAAGACAUGUUCAAUAUGGUUAAGAGGAUGGCAGCAAAAGUCACACAGCAACACAACAACCCAGAAGGCAAAAUGACUGAUAUUAUUCCGAUUUGGAUUAUUCAUGGGAUGAACGACACGCUAGUCAGUUUUUUCUUUUGUAAUCCUUGA